CGAGCUAGUUGCAUAUAUUUUCUGUGUUGCACGAUUAUUGCGAGAGGGCCAAGGUUGCAAGUCGAACUAGAAGAACAAGUAGAACAUGGCUCUUUACAACUUCAAGAAGAUUACGGUUGUGCCAACAUCCAAGGACUUUAUUGAUAUUGUGCUCUCAAAGACCCAACGGAAGACUCCAACAGUUGUCCACAAGCAUUAUAAGAUCAGCAGGAUACGGCAAUUUUACAUGAGAAAAAUCAAGUUUACACAGCAGAGUUACCAUGACAAACUUCAACAGAUUAUCCAGGAUUUUCCCAAGUUAGAAGAUGUCCAUCCAUUCUAUGCUGAUCUGAUGAAUGUUCUCUAUGACAAAGAUCAUUACAAGCUUGCCUUGGGUCAGAUUAAUACAGCCCUGCAUCUCAUUGACAAUGUUGCCAGAGAUUAUUGCAGAUUGAUGAAGUAUGGUGAUUCCUUGUACCGAUGCAAGCAGUUGAAAAGAGCUGGGAUGGGAAGAAUGUGCACCAUCAUGAAGAGACAAGGACAGAGUCUGGAGUACCUGGAGCAGGUCAGGCAGCAUUUAUCAAGGCUGCCCUCUAUAGAUCCAAACACACGCACCCUCCUACUUUGUGGUUUUCCAAAUGUAGGCAAGUCAAGCUUCAUGAAUAAGGUGACAAGAGCUGAUGUAGAGGUCCAACCUUAUGCCUUCACCACCAAGUCUCUCUUUGUGGGUCAUAUGGACUACCGGUAUCUUCGUUGGCAGGUGGUUGAUACCCCUGGUAUCCUAGAUCAUUCCCUUGAGGAUAGGAACACUAUUGAGAUGCAAGCUAUCACAGCACUAGCACAUCUGAGGGCAGCUGUUCUCUAUGUCAUGGAUGUAUCAGAACAGUGUGGACAUUCAAUUGAAGAACAGGUGGAAUUAUUUGAGAGUAUACGUCCCUUGUUUGCCAACAAACCUCUCAUUAUUGUAGCAAACAAGACAGAUAUAAUCCAGAUCAAAGAUCUAAGGGAUGAUCAGAAGGAAUUCUUCAAGAAAGUAGAAUCUGAUGGAGUUAAUGUAAUAGAAACAAGCACAGUCACAGAGGAUGGUAUCAUGCAGGUCAAAACAGAGGCCUGUGACAGACUCCUUUUGCAAAGGGUUGAUAUGAAGAUGAAAGGUCGUAAGGUCAAUGAUGUCCUCAAUCGUCUCCACAUUGCGAUGCCUACUCCAAGAGAUGAAAAGGCAAGACCGCCCUGCAUUCCCGCUGCUGUGGUAGCCCGCAAGAAUGCUAUGGAGACCGAACGCAAGAAACGUUCUCUAAGAGAUGAAGAGCUUGAACUAGGAGAUGACUUUGUCCUGGAGCUGCAUAGAGAAUGGGAUCUUAAGAAUGAAGAAGAGAAGACUGAUAUCAUCCCAGAGCUCUGGAUGGGUAAGAACAUUGCUGACUUUGUGGAUCCUGAUAUUGAUGCUAAGCUUGCUGAGCUUGAAGAGGAGGAGGCAAUGAGAGAGGCUGCUGGUGUCUAUGACAAUGAAGAAUCGUCAGAGGAUGAAGAGAUGAAGGAAAUCAGGAUUACUGCAAAGAAGAUCCGUGACAAGAAGAUACUGAUGCAGAUGGAAUCAAGAGAGAAGAAGAGGAUCAGACAUCCUUCUAUUGUUCGGAAGACUGAAGGGAUUAAAAGAAAACGGUUUGAGAGUGAGAUGACUGAGAUGGGUGUGGAAAUUGCAGGGGAUAACUUUAGCCAGAAUCGUGGAAGGAGUAGCAGUCGUGCCCCAUUGGUCAAGAAGCGCCGCACAGAUUCCACUGGACGUGCAACCAGUAGCAUGAGAACACCUAGGGAUGAAUCUGGAAUCAGAGAUGUGGAGAAGCGUAAGAAGGUGCGUACCCUAUCCAAGGUGUCCCAACGCAAGAUGAACAUGAACGCCAAGAAGGGUGAAGCAGAUCGCAAGAUUCCAACCAAGAUGCCUAAACACUUGUUUGCUGGAAAGCGAAAGGGUGGAUCCACAAGCAGGCGAUAAGAGGAAUAACAACCAUAUCAGGAAUUCACCUGAAUAUCAUAUAUUUCUUCCAUUGACAUUAUUUAGUUUCUUAUGUUGUAUAGUAUAUAUUAUGAUCAGCAUGAUAUAACACUGAACUUUUAGCAUAAUUGAAAUAAACCAAUUAUUAAAUUUUAUUUUCACUGUAAAAUUUAUUUAAAAAUAAAAGAUCAAAGUUUGUUCUUUUUCCAAGUUCAGCCCUGGACUCAAAGAAUCACACAUCUUUUGCGUAGAAAUGAUAGGCAACAAGCUUCUUUGUAUGCUUCUUAAUCUGAUGGAGAUCUGAUUCAAGCUAUUCUAAAGAGUAUGCAAUGAAGUGUAUUACUUUUGUUGAUUAUGUGCUCCCUUGUGUCAUUGCAUUAGAAAGUACAUUUUCUCCCUAAAAAAAAAUCAUAUCCAUAUGUAUGAAAGUGCAGGGUACAAAUGCAGACCGAGAUAUGAUAUAAUCAAAGCCUAAGUGGGUUACAUCAACAUGAUGUAUAAUAGCUCCUAAACAUUACACAAAAAAAUAAUUUAGAGAAGGGUAUUAGACCAUCAGGGUCAAUAAGAGAUAGUUGGCAUUCAUGUCCUCUGUAGAAUUAAGCCAGUAACAACAAAGAUUCAUCAGUGGCAUUACUGUGUGGUAUUUAGUAUUAACAUAACUCUUGAAAAAUAAGAUUUCUUGUUGCCAGUUGACUUUUUCUUCUGUUUGAGAUCUGAGCCUCAGAUUUAUCUGCACUUCCAUCUAGGAUCACAUGCUUCAAAGUUGUCAACUUUGUAUGGUGUAAUUUUUGUUUAAAGGAUUUUUAUCAAUACCAUCCAUCUUGAACAGUCAACUGAAUGUCACGGUAGGUCAUGUGUACUUUAUAUGCUUGGUUAAACACCUGUGCCAUCUUGAAGACAAGAGUAUGUCAUGAUUUUAAUAAGACAUUUCAAAUAAUUUUUUGCAAGAUGUAAUUAAACCUUCAGGAUCUUUGUCAUCACUUUGCUUU